AUGGCCCGGUGUGCUUUUUAUGCAGUUUGGGGUUUGUUACUGGAAGUGGCAGCAGCAUUUGGCCCAGUACCAAGGAUCACUUGGGAACACAGAGAGGUCCAGCUAAUACAUUUUCAUGAAUCAGAAGUGUCAAACUAUUCAACCUUGCUGUUAAGUGAAGACAAAGAUGUCUUGUAUGUGGGAGCCAGAGAGGUGAUCUUUGCAUUAAACACAAUGAAUAUUGCUGAAAAGCAACACGAGUUGCACUGGAAGGUCACCGAAGAUAAAAGGACUAAAUGUGCAGUCAAGGGCAAAUCAGAACAGACAGAGUGUCGAAAUUAUGUGCGUGUCUUGCAGCAGCUGAACAAUACUUCUCUCUACGUGUGUGGAACUAACGCGUUUCAGCCAACAUGCGAUUACUUGAAUUUAUUUUCAUUUGAACUUGGAGGUAAAAAUGAAGAUGGUAAGGGCAGAUGUCCAUUUGAUCCUGCUCAAAGCUACACAUCUGUCAUGGUUGAUGAGGAGCUUUAUUCUGGGACCUCUUACAAUUUCUUGGGAAGUGAACCAAUUAUUUCACGGCACUCUCAUCAGAGCCCUCUGAGAACAGAGUAUGCAAUACCUUGGCUUAAUGAGCCCAAUUUUGUUUUCGCUGAUGUGAUUAGAGCAGAUCAAAACAGCACAGAUGGAGAAGACGACAAGAUAUAUUUCUUUUUCACUGAGGUGUCUGUGGAGUACGAAUUUGUUGGAAAACUGAUGAUUCCAAGAAUAGCUAGAGUGUGCAAGAGGGACCAAGGAGGAUUAAGGACCUUGCAGAAAAAAUGGACUUCCUUUCUCAAGGCCAGACUGAUUUGUACCAUCCCUGAUAAGAACUUAAUUUUCAAUAUUAUCAAUGAUGUUUUUAUUCUGAAGUCUCCAACUUUGAAGGAACCAGUGAUAUAUGGAGUCUUCACCCCACAACUGAAUAAUGUGGGGCUGUCAGCAGUGUGUGCAUACAAUCUGUCUACUGUAGAAGAGGUUUUCUCGAAAGGAAAAUAUAUGCAGAGUGCUACAGUAGAACAGUCUCAUACAAAGUGGGUUCGAUACAAUGGGGAAAUUCCUAAUCCUCGACCUGGUGCCUGUAUAAACAAUGAAGCCAGAGCAUCAAACUACAUGAGUUCUCUGAAUUUACCAGACAAAACGUUGCAGUUUGUUAAAGAUCAUCCUCUAAUGGAUGACUCGGUGACUCCAAUGGGUGACCGACCUCGACUAGUGAAACGAGAUGUGAAGUAUACCCAGAUUGUGGUAGACAGAGUCAGAGCGCUCAAUGGCACCAUAUAUGAUGUUAUGUUCAUCAGUACAGAUCGAGGAGCCCUGCACAAAGCUAUCAGUUAUGAAAAUGGAAUGCAUAUUAUUGAAGAAACACAGCUUUUCCCAAACUUUGACCCAGUCCAAACUCUCUUGCUUUCCUCCAAAAAAGGGAGAAGAUACCUCUAUGCUGGUUCAAACUCUGGUGUGGUUCAGUCUCCAUUAGCGUUCUGUGACAAGUACACCACUUGUGUUGACUGUGUUUUAGCAAGGGACCCUUACUGUGCUUGGAAACCCCUUGAAGCUUCCUGCAUUGAUAUUUUUAAAGAAACUGAAACUGGAAGGAACUGGAUUCAGAACAUAGGUGGAGAUGCGUCCUCUUGUUCUGAUAAAGUAAGAGAGAAUUCCCUACAGCAUACAUUCAAGCAUGGGAGCACAGCAGAACUCAAGUGUUCUCAAAAGUCCAAUCUGGCCCAGGUAGUUUGGAAGUUCAAAGACGAUGUGUUGAGAGUGGAGAGCCCCAAGUACCGUCUGCUGGAAAAGGCCCUGCUCAUCUUCAAUUUAUCAGAAGGAGACAGCGGUGUUUACCAGUGCUUGUCAGAAGAAAAAGUGAAGAAUAAGAAAUUUUCUCAAGUGCUGGCUAAGCAUGUUUUGGAACUGAAGAAGAUCCAGCAUACCACAGUGGGCCCCACCACGGCAGCUGCACCAACAGAAGGUAAUAGCGAUGCGCCAAAAGCGUCAGCCAUGUCAACCGCGGGGUCUACUGCUCGCUCCCCGACCACUCAGAUGGUACCAGUAACGACAGCAAGGAUAGUAACAAAGCCCCUCGGCCCCGUGCUGACAAGCGCAGCAUCCAACACGGAGCUCUUCAAUUCAGUUCCGGACGCGGUCCCAGAGAAGACGAUGUUCCUCAAGUCAAACGAUAACUUCCUGUUGAUGUUCCUCUUCCUCUUCUUUUUUAUUCUAUUCUUGUGCCUGCUCUCCUACAACUGCUACAAAGGGUACUUGCCAGGGCAGUGCUUGAAAUUUCGCUCAGUUUUGCUGCUUGGUAAGAAGAAAACGAAGUCAGAUUUUUCUGAUUGCGAGCAAAGCGUGAAGGAGACGCUGGUGGAGCAAGGCAGCGUCAGCCACCAGAGCGGGGAGCCACCAAAGCCGGCGCACGACACCGGCUACGAGACUGAGCCCGACUGUGGGAAUGGCCAGCUGCAGCCUGGGGAUCCGCAGGCGUCCCGGGAGGGCAGGGACAAGCCCUUCGAUGUCAAGUGUGAGCUCAAGUAUGCUGACUCGGAUGCGGAGGGGGACUGA